CCAGCUCCUCACCUCCUUUGCCCAGGGAAUGCCUUUCCUAUCCUUUGGGCGCUGGGCCUCCGCUCGCCUCUGGCUGCCCUUCUCCGAGUUACGUGGCUGGGUUGUCAGGGGGCGCGUGGCCGGUUUGAGGCCUCCGUCUCAGGCUCCCGAGACAGCCUGUGCCAGACUCGGUGCAGGCCUCCGUCCUUUCCCCAGCGGUACCCCGAAUUCGGCUUUUCCUUGACCCCUGCUGCUGUCUGGUGCCCUCUGCCCCCCAUGGCCGCCAAGUGGUUCAAAGAGUUUCCGUCCAGCCUGAAAACGGUUUCGGAGAGAGCCAAGCCGGGCAGUGCUGCCAAUCUUGGGAAGCUGUGCAGUGCCUCGCGCAAGAGCCUAGGUCCUCCUGAAGCGGGCACAGCGGCUUCUCUGCCCGGGAAGAACCGGAAAAACUCUGCUACUGAGCUGGGCAGCCAGCGGACCCUGCUUCUGCCAGGGAAAGAUGGCGGAAGCGGACGGCUUUCGCGGGACAACCUCCAGGGCCUGCUGCAAGCCGCCGCGGGGAAGAUGCGCAAGAAUUUGCGGGUGGAUGGGGCCCCCGCGGACGAAGCGGCACGGGGGGCACCCAAAGGCAACGCCGGCUGCGGGACCUACAUCAACCGGCUCAUCAAAGUGGAUGCUCACGAGAAAAACGGAAAGAACUACCCUGGGAGCGCCCCGAGUCCCCCCCUGGUCGCAGCUCCUGAGUCAGAGAAGGCUAAACAGGAGACGGUUAUUAUCCUGGAAGAUUACGCUGACCCGUACGAUGCCAAGCGCACCAAGGGUCAGCGAGACGCCGAGAGGCUAGGAGAAAAUGACGGCUAUAUGGAGCCAUACGAUGCCCAGCAGAUGAUCACCGAAAUCCGCAGGCGGGGUUCAAAAGACCCUCUCGUCAAAGCCAUUUUGCUGUUGGAUGAGCCGGUGGAGGCCAAAGGAGACCCCCCUGCUGCUGCUGUUGCUGCUGCUGCUACAAGUACAACUAUUAAGCGCCAAGGGGCCAAACCGCCACAACUCUAUGACACCCCCUACGAACCAGCGGAAGCUGGGCCCAAGCCAGAGGCCCGACUCCCAGAGAAUGACGAGCGGCCGCCAGCUGAGUACGAACAGCCCUGGGAGUGGAAGAAAGAUCAAAUCGUGAAAGCUCUCUCAGUGCAGUUUGACGGGCCAGAGAGGCCCCCAGCGUCCAAGGAUGAUGCUCCAGCACAGCCGCGGCAACAGCAGCAUCGCCGCCAGCGGAGCUGGCCCUCUAAGAUGGUGAAGCCCAUGGCAGUGGCAGAGCCAGACUCAGAGGGGGACUAUGUGGAUCCUUCUCUUGCCUUGGAGAAACAGCCCUGGUUUCACGGCGCCAUCACUCGAACCGAGGCGGAGAGCCGGCUGCAGCCGUGCCGGGAAGCCGGCUACCUGGUCCGCACCAGCGAGACAGCGACCAGCAAGUACUCCAUCGCCCUCAAGACCAGCCAAGGAUGCGUCCACAUCAUCGUGGCCCAGACCAAGGAUCACAAGUACACGCUCGACCAGUCCAGCGGCCUCUUUGACAGCGUCCCUGAGGUGGUGUGCUAUUACUCCAGCGAGAAGCUGCCUUUCAAAGUGGCUGAGCACAUGAUGCUGCGCUACCCAGUCGCUACACCGAGCAAGACCCACUAGCGUCCCCCCUGACCCCCCCAUCCCCAUGUACACACACCUGGAAUCAGAACUGGGAUCUGACUGGAGAAACGCUGGACUGGGGAAGGUAUACCUUUACGCUCGUGAAACAGCCAUGGAUCAGCAGCGGAUCUUCCCCGCAUUCUACCCCUCUCUGCUCAUGGACUCCCUCCCCCCCCCACUUCCCUCCCCCCAAGAUCUCUGGGAUCAGGAUCCUCUGUUUCUCGUGGAUCGGCCCUCCCUCCUUUCCUUCUGCACUGUAAUUUAUGUAUAAAUAAAUUCAUUCUGGCACAGGGCUGGGGGAAA